CAGGUGGCGUGUCCUUGGGGACGAGAAAGCCAGCGGGAUCCAGGGGUGCAUCAGGAAGAGCAUUGCCAGCCGGUUAAGUGAGCUGAUCCUGCCCCUCUACUCAGCCCUAGUAAGAUCAAAUCUGGAGUUUUGUGUUCAGUUCUGCGCUCCUCAGUGCACAGAGACAUGGAGCUCCUGGAGCAGGUCCAGCAGAGGGCAACCAAGAGGAUUAAGAGACUGGAGCAUCUCUUAUGAGGAAAAGCUGAUGGAGAUGGGCCCGUUCAGCCUCGAGAAGAAACAACUGAGAGGGGACACCAUCGAUGUCUAUAACUAUCUAAGGGGAGGGAGGAUUGAGCCAGGCCCUUCUUGGUGGUGCUGAGCAAUAGGACAAGAGCCAAUGGGCAGAAACUGAUGCACAGGAAGUUUCAGCUGAAUAUGAAGAAAAACUUAUUUUCUGUGUGGGUGGCUGAGCUCUGGAACUGGUUGUCCACAGAGGCUGUGGAGUCUCCCUCACUAGAGAUGUUCAAGAACUAUCUGAAUGCAAUCCUGUGCCAUCUGCUCUAGGAUGACGCUGCUCUAGCAGGGAGGCUGGAGGAGAUGUUCCACUGUGGUACCUUCCACCCUCACCCAUUCUGGGAUUCUGUGCGAGUGCUGCAGGGCCUCGGCCGCUCUGGCCCCAUAUGUAGAGAACACCCUUCCAAAGGGCACACCACAGGGAUCCCACCACCUAGGCACAGCCGAGAGGGAGUGGGACAGUGGGGCAGUGUGUCCUUCUCCUAGGGCUGUCCUCGGCCACUCCUGCUCCAGGCACUUCCCCCCCAACCCCUCAACAGCCCCGUCCACAAAGGACUGCAGACUCCUCACCCCGCUGCUCCUUUGGGAAACCCCUGCGCCCUGUCGCCGGUGCCCUCUGUGGUUUAUAAACUGUGUGUGCUCUGCGCUUCCCCUCGCACCGAACGCCCCAGGUCUGGUGGUUCCCAUACUUGACGCCUACACAGCCGCCGCUUUGGCCUCCCGAGGUCACAAUCUCCGAGCAAACCCCGGGCCCGGACAACCGGGCGGGCUUUCGGCUCGUUCCCGCACCAGCCGGGAGUUCUGUGCCGAAGUUGCAGGAGGGGGGGGUGGCCGUGGGGCGCAGCCGGCAGGGAGCCCCGGGGUUUAGGUGACUCCCGAGGGCCGCAGUGGGGGAGCGGCACCCCCGGCCCUUCUCGCGCGUUGCAGGGAGCGCGGGGCCGCCUCCGCAACGCCCGGACAGCGCCCGCCCGGCUGGACGUGGCUUCGCGCACCGGGCGUCAGGCGAGAGGUGUCAGGGAGUGGCGGCCGUGUUAGAGGCGCCGUCCCCGGCCGCAGCCUUCGGGCGGGGCACCGUCCCACCCGCUCCCGCCCCCCGGCACCUGGCGGAUCCGCGGCCCCGCCGGCGCCUCCCGGGUGCUGCCGCCGGGGACACCCCGCGGGCCGGGGCGGGGCGGGUCCGUGCCGGCGCUAAGAUGGCGGCCAAGGGCUCGCACUCGCACGUGAAGCUGGAGGCGGAGAUCGAGCGGUGCCGAGCGGAGGGGCUUUGGGGGCGGCUCCGGCUCCUCGCACAGCAGCUGCUGCCGCCGCCGGCGCGGCCCCCGCGCAAGGCGAAGGCGGCGAGGGACGCGCAGGACGCGGAGGACCACGGGAGUAUGCUGCUAGCAGAGGUUCUGCUGGAAGAAUGUUUGAAGGAAAACUUUGCCAAACUGAAGGACUCCAUUCCACUGACAGAGAAGAAUGAACCAAAACUGAGUGAAGCUAAACAGUAUCUGACCAGUAUCUUAAGCAGAGGAAAACUAAGACCUAAGUAUAUGACUGAAGCUAUGCUGAUCCUAGGAAAGCUUCAUUAUGUGGAGGGAUGCUACAGAGAUGCCAUCAGCAUGUAUGCGAGAGCAGGCAUUGAUGACCUCUCAACCAAAGACGAACCUCUGUACGUGCUGCGUUUGAUAACUGAAGCCUUUGUUAUUAAAGGUAUGUCACUGGAGCGCUCAACCAACUCAAUUGCCUCACGUGCUCGACUGUGUGAAAGGGAGGAGGAAGUCAUGGCUUGUUUUGAGAGAGCGUGUGUCAUUGCCCAGGUGUACUUGCAGGAGCUUGAGAAGACCUUAAACAACACACAUUCAAGAAGUAUGAAGGGCAGCAACAUGACUUACUCCGAGUUUGAACUUUCCUACUUUCUGGAAGCAGCUCUACAGAGUGCCUAUGUGACUCAUUUAAAGAAGGGAAAUAUUGUGAAAGGAAUGAGGAGUCUGCGAGAAAUACUACGGACUGUGGAAACAAAAGCUACUCAGACCUUCAAAAUGACUGCAGCUAAACAGCUAGCCCAAGUACUUCUCCAUUCCCUCAGUGAAGACUGUUACUGGAGCCCUUUAUCUGAUCCGCUUCCUGAGUUCAUGAACAAGGAAUAUCAGGCGUAUGUUAGCAAUCUUCUUUGUCGGAGGCCUGAGCUGUACACAGAAGAGAAUGUGUACUGCCCUCAAGACAACGUAGAAGAGGCUCUUCUUCUCCUCUUAAUCAGUGAAUCUAUGGCAAACCGGGACGCAGUGAUCAGCCGAGCCCCAGACCAGCAGGAUGACCGAGCCGUCAGCCUCCAGGAUGCCUCUGCAGUCUACGACCUCCUCAGCAUCACACUGGGCAGAAGAGGGCAGUAUGUGAUGCUGUCUGAGUGCUUGGAGAGAGCCAUGAAGUUUGCAUUUGAUGAGUUUCACCUCUGGUACCAGCUUGCCCUGUCCAUGGUAGCUUGUGGAAAGUCGGCAUAUGCUGUGUCAGUGCUCAAAGAAUGUGCUAAACUGCGACCUACGGAUCCCACCGUUCCUCUUCUGGCUGCCAAGGUCUGCAUUGGGUCGCUGCACUGGCUGGAAGAAGGAGAACACUUUGCUAAAAUGGUGAUAGACCUGGGCGAGGAUGCCGGAGAGUCCCUAGCAAAGGGUUACCUGGCACUGGGCCUGACAUACAGUCUUCAAGCUACUGAUGCUAUUCUGAAGGGCACUCAGGAUGAAUUAAACAAGAAGGCACUUCAGACUUUGGAGAGAGCACGGGACUUGGCCCCAGAAGAUCACCAAACCAUCCUCUACCUCUCACUGCAGCUGGCUCUUGUCAGACAGAUUUCAGAUGCUAUAGACCAUCUUCAAGAAGCCCUGCAACUGUGCAAAGAUGACAUGAAUUCACUUCAUCUACUGGCCCUCCUCUUUUCAGCUCAGAAGCACUAUCAGCAUGCACUGGAUGUUAUCAACAUGGCUGUUGCUGAAUACCCAGAAAGCUUUAGCUUACUCUUCACCAAAGUAAAACUGGAAUGGAUACAUAAAGGACCUGAAGAGGCUCUGGUCACAUGCAGACGUAUGUUGCAGAUGUGGCAGAUGGUAUAUAAUGUUUCACAGCACAGUGGCUCUGAGAAAUGCAGUAGUGUGACCGAGACACCGAUGAUCAAAAGGCAUAACGGACUGCAUCUCACUCUCCCAGAUGCUCAUGAUACCGAUUCUGGGUCACAACGAGCCUCUUCCCUUGCUGCAUCGAGACUGGAACAGGCCAUGUCUGAAAUAACUAUGCAGAGCAGCACAAUGAAGCAGGGACCUAUGCAACUGUGGACAACUCUUGAACAAAUUUGGCUACAAGCUGCUGAACUCUUCAUGGAACAGCAGCAUCUCAAAGAAGCAGGCUUUUGUAUCCAGGAGGCAGCUAGUCUUUUCCCCACGUCUCAUGCUGUAUUGUACAUGCGUGGGAGGUUUGCAGAGAUGAAAGGCAAUUUGGAGGAGGCUAAGCAAUUGUAUGAUGAAGCGCUCACAGUGAAUCCAGCUGGAGUGGAAAUUAUGAACAGCCUGGGCCUGGUGCUGAGCAGACUUGGGCGGAGGGAACUGGCCCAGAAAGUCCUCAGAGAUGCCAUCCGUAUCCAGACCACCAGCCACAUUGCCUGGAACAGCCUUGGAGAGGUCUUGCAAGCUCAGGGGAAAAAUGAAGCAGCCAUCGAGUGCUUCCUUACUGCACUGGACCUUGAAUCCACCAGUCCUGUCAUUCCAUUCACUGUCAUACCCAGGGAGCUCUGAAGCUUUUCCCUGCAGCUAAGCACCUUCGUUCCCUGGACAGACACCAAAACCAAAUAAAUAAACAAAGAAAAAGCCCAACAGAAAAGUGCCAUUGUAACCUGGAACUGGGACAAGUAGUUCCAGGAUGGGGCUCAGGUCUACAUGCUUAGCUGAGACAAGCUGAACUGUAGAAGAAUUUGCAACACGCAGAAAUAGAGAAUGCCUUUUUCUUCACAGGUGCCUGGCUAACCUCCUGUUAAAGUUAGUAUCAAGGCUUAUUUCAAAGUGUUGGUUUAAGGUAACUGUAGAAAGAUCAUGCCAGGGUACAGCUGUUCAAAGCACUUGCACCUUCAGUGUUCAUUAAAGAUAAAACCCCAAGCCCUGAAUUAAAGCCCAGACCUGCUCUAAACAGGAGUAAAUGCACCAACUAAUUUGACCAAGUUGUGCUUAAACAUGUGGCUGCCUCCCCACAGAUCUGACAGGACAAGAAUGACAAUUGCACCAAAUAGACGUAGUAUAUGCUGUUCACAAAAUUAUUUCAGCUAUUUUGAUAAUCCUUUUUCCUGCCUUGCUUUUAUAUACUGCAUAUGCUCACUGUAUUUAGUGUAGCACUUGCCUAGACCAAUUUAAAUUAAAAAUACUUAUUUUUUAAAAAAGCUAAUAUUGCAGUAUAAUUCACGAAAGCAGAAAGACCAAAGACCAAAUCAGUUCACACUUGAACUAGUAUUAAAAACAUAUAUGUAUCUCCACUUACAUAUUUAUUGAAAGGCUUUACAUGAAGUAGCUAACUCUAAGCUUCAUUCUUAUUAAUCACCUCUUGCAUCACUUUUAGUGAGGAAUAUAGUGUCUCUGUACUCUACUGCAUUACCAUUCCUGACACAAAACAUUUUCAUAUCCAUCUUUCCAUGAUACAAAAGAUGCCAGCAGUCUCUUAAGGGAAAGUAUGCUGAAGGCAGUGUGUGUAUAUAUGAAUUACUUCUUUCUUGAAACUAAAUCUUUGGAUUGUCCUUAGAAAUUUCACAUGAGAGGUAUGGAGUUGAGCCUUCAGCGGAGCAGGAUCAAUUUGCGUAUCGUAUCAGAUGUAAGAGUGAAGAGCUUCUAAUCCGCACAGCCUCCCCAUGGCUGGCACAGCCAGGGCAGGGGACACAGCUGGCAAUACCCCCUGCUAAGCUGCUCCUUAGCUCUGCUUGACCUCCCUGGGGCCUUGGCAGCACGGUGGAGCUGUACCGUGCUGUCACACAACCCAUGGGAGCCAGCCCUGUCCAGACCAGUCCCAAGAUAAAAAUGAUGCAGAAAUUUGCUGCAGGCACUUUUCUACAAAAAAAAAAAAUGUUGGGGCUUUGUGCCUAUUUUCGUCCAAAGAAGAUUUGUGACUAUUUCAUAAGUAAGUUUGCACUAAAACAUACCUUGUACUAUAAUUCCGCCCAGUAUUGUGAUCCUUAACUAGUUCACUCUGGAAAUAAUAAUAUCCUUAGGCAAUAAAUGAAUUGGGGUUAUUUCUUAAAGAGCCUGAGGCUCUGGCAGCAGACUUGAAGUCAGCAUUGUUUACAAUUAUUUGGAAAUCUGCGGGGUAAUGGAGAGUUAGGCCCUUGCAGUGCUCCCAGACCACACCAUGGCAGAGCUCCUGCCCCCAGCCUUCCCUCAAGAUGUGCUCACCAAGGGAAUUACACUGUUCUAAGGUUUCUCUCAGCAGCCUGGUGCAAUGCCAGGCCAAUAUUUUUACUUUUUCCCAUUAAAUCAUCCUGGUGCAAUAGCCCAGAUUAUUUAUCUAUUCACCGAGGGAUUCCAGGUCUGAUCUAGGCUGGUUUCAAUCCAGGUGAAAGUAGCCCAGCCAUGAAAAGGUGCUUGGGCCAUGAGUUCUCUGGCUUUCCAGUACCACACAGGCACCAAAACUGACUUUUUUGGGCCAGAGGCAGGUUUCCAAGGAGACAGUGUUACCCGGACGCAUUUCUUGUUUGCAAUAGCACCAGCAGCAGAGGAAAGAGUAGGUGUUAAAGUACCAGAAUUAAAUGAGUUUCAUGCAGACAAAAAGACACAGCCGAGGCCUAUUUUGGUGUAAAGGAUGCUAUGAAGUCGUCUUGCUCUGCACUGCAGGUGGGAAAGAGGGAAGGGGAGGGGUAGAGAUGCUGCUGUUGGCAUAAUAUGCAAAUUGUUACCCAGGUGUUUUAAACCCAGUUCCACAGUCAGAUGCAAUCUGACAAUACACUUAAGUAGAGACAGGUAUAGAUACGUGUUAUAUUCUGGUAUUUGUUCUGCUCCACAGUUUCCAGGGUGGAAGCAAACCUUUUGUGUAAGACACAAAAAAAGAGUCAGUGUGGUCCAACAUCACCGAUCCGUUGUGCAAUGUAUAUUUGUAAAGCACUGCCAUAGCAACUCCUGUGUACUGGACAGCUAUUUGAGUACAAGCUACGCAUCCAUGACCAAGGAACUGCUUUAAGAGGUCUGUAACAUAGCUGGUCUGUGACCUGGCAGGAGGGUGCCUGUUUCCCAGCAGCGGCUGAAAAGCAAACACUUAUAGACCCAUUUACUUCUGUAUGUGUAGCUUGUAAACAGCCACCAGCCCAUCGUGUUUGUUGCUAUCUGGCAAACUUCAUCCUGGCAAUAAUCAGACUUGCCACAGCAGUCAUCUUCCUAGGAGAGGGGCAAACAUUCACGAAUACUUUGAGUGCGUCAACAACUCAGAUGUUGCCAGCGUGGUCCCAUCUUUCUCAAGUGCAUUAAUGAGUGUUACUGGCAUUGGAAUUGCAGUCCUGAAAGCCUCUGCUCCAGGAAGAUGUACAUGACUAAAGGCCAUCAGCAUCAACAGGAAUCGCCGUGGGUAAGGUACCCUUUACCACCACACCACACCACAGCCCCUGCAGCACCUGCAGACAAAGUACUUUGCAUGCACACUGACCUUAAUCUCGAGAUUUGCUGUGUGCUUCCCAGGGGAUACAGAAUGCCUUUUGGCUGGAGGGGUGUUGUAUUGGCCUGAAAUGCUCUGUACAGUGCAGGAAAGAAAGAGGUUGUUGCAGACUUACAAGUAUUUUGGGGGUAAAUCCUCUAGCUGUCUUUGUUACUCAUGCUCACCAAAACAGAAGCGUUUCCAAGCUUACAUGCUACCUCUCUUAUUCAGCAUGGAUUUUGCUCACACUUCCAGAUACAGAAAAACAAAGACAACUAUUUCAGACAAACGUAUGUAUUGUGAUAUUUAUUUAGAUAGCAACACUGAUAAAUCUGAUAGAAUUACUUGUCUGAGCUCAGUAAUACUUGUGUGGCAGGAAGCCUGGCAUGUUUAAUACUCAGGGUUUGAAAUUUAAGAACACAAGAUUUACAUGCCAUCCCUCAUGAUUAUUACAGUUCGUAAGUAAUGGAAGUUUGGGGAACAAUAAGUUUGGGGAACCAAUUCUCUGAGUUUUAGCACAGACUUGAAUCCAACAGUUUUGUCAUUCAUUAGUUUUGAAAGAGGGAGAUUAAAAAAACCACAUCGCUGCCUAAAGGAUCAGGUUCCUCUUGUUCCACCACAAGGUUAUUUUCCUUUUUGUUGGCAGGGUGCAUACAAAAAGAAAAAUAAUUGCCUUCUAUUUUCCUGUUGUGCAGUAAAGGAGUAGUAUGUGCUGUUGCCUUUGGCCAACAAGAAUAUUGUAAAAAAAAUUAAUCUGCCUCCAGGAUAACAGAAGGAGAAACCCAAUAGGACAGGGAACAGCUCCCCUGUAAAGUGGAGCUUUACACUGUGUAAAGUGUCAUUAGCUCCAUUGGAGCAGUUGGUAGUUAGGAGCAUUUCCUCCAGCUGAGGAUCUGCCCACCCAUGUAUUCAUUCCGUACAGGGAGUACAGCAGAGCUGCAAACUCCUGCGCCGCACAAGUACCCCAGUCCGUUUCUAUUGGUAACAGUUCAUGCUACUGAUUAUCACAAUGCUUCAGAAGUGCUAAUUAUCUUUUCUUGGUAAUGACUAAUAAAUCCAAAUGGAGAACAGUCCUGGAGGGUGUUUCCUUUAAAAUUCACUGGCUGGGUAUCAAAGCAGGCACAGCACUGGCUGCUGCAGUUUGAAUUACAGUUAUUUUAUCAAAAAAAUGUUUCAUUUUCAGAGAGUCUUGGUGAAGAAUGAGUUUGGCUAGUUUGUAUAUCGUUUUAAUGACAGCAGAGUGGGAAAUAAUCCUUUUUAGUAAAAAGACAUCACUACCAUGAUCCUUUUUCAGCCAAACCAACAGAGGUUUGAUAGUUGCAGUUCAGCCUUGGAGAGGAAGGCUUCCCAAAGCAACCACACUGCAGCAGUAAUUGCCUCUGAAGGAAUUGUAUUACAGGCAUAUUUGACAAUUAUGCAAUGGGCAUGUGUAGCUGAGACAUCUUCCCCUCCUUUUUUUGGCUAAGGGGAGCUGCUUUAUGCCCGAAGGGACAAUUGCAGUGCCCGUCUGGGUGCCUCUCAGCACUGCCUUGGUGCCAACUUCACAGUCGUGUUCACCAACACCCCUUCACUCACACUGGUUUAAUGAUGCUCAGACUGUUCCCUAAGCCUGGCUCCGGGCAAUGGCCUCCCUACUGCUGAGGUGUUGUUCAGUGCUGCAGGAUGUCAGUGCAUAGUCAGAUAUUAAGUUAUUUUCUUAGAAAUGAGAAGCCGAGUCAUCCGUCAGUUGGUGACAUUGGCAGGAGGGCAGGUAAACACUGACUCAGCAGUUGCCAGGAUGGUUCCUCCAACUUUGCCUUUAAUGAACUUGCUUGUGCCUUCAGCACCAGCAAACCACAGCAGGUUCCCAAGUGACUGGAUACUAAAAGAUCCAGCUGAUUUUCCUACAGAAAUACAUGCCAGUCAGUAGCUAAAACCACUGAUAGGGAUGCAACACUGCACCAUUGCAUAGUGGCCCAUGAUGAUACAAAUAAGAACCUCCCUGAGCUGGUGCACAGAGAGGUGCUCAGCUUUUGCACAUAGAAAGCAUGUCCUACACGCCACUCUAAUAUUGUUAACAUGGGUGUCAGUGUCAGUUUUCCAUGUCACUUAACUUUUUCUUGUCAUUGUAAGAUGCUUUCACCAGAUGAAUAAAAUUGACCCUGUGGAAAACAAAAAACGCUGCUGAUAUUUCCUGCGAGUUUCAGGACUUUUAAUACAUUCAUGCCAUGGAUACUUCGAGUAUUAUGAAACGUUCAGUUGUUAUAUUAACUGGAACCUAGUGUGCCUAGCAAGUUACCAGUUGCAAAGGGUAUUUUGGCCUACACCCUGUAGUUCAUGGGAAAAACGAGAGUGAGCAUGCAAGCAGCGUGCUUUCAGAGAGGAACAGAGCCAGGAAAAAGGAGUAAUGUAGCUUCAGAUGUUUGGAUUUAUGGAGAUUUAAGCAAGCAUCAUGCUUUUCUUGUGCUUCUUCCAGUAAAAAUAAACAAAGGUAGUGUGAGAAACUGUAACAUUGAGGUAACAUGCAAAUACUAUGCCAUCAAGUUUAGGGACUCACCUUAUUUUGGUGGCAAUGCCAUUAAUCAUUUUUUUGCUACAAACAGUUACUCCUGUGGUUAUUUGGAAAUAAAAUGUCUCCAUUCAAGA